CAUCGUCGUCGCGGCCUUCAAUAAACCUUCAUCCACGCCUAGCAAAACCCUAUCCACUCCAACUUCACUGCCACUCCUCUGGGAUACCUAGUCGUUUCUCUCUAACGAGUGAAUCCCUUUCUUUUCGACUAGAGACUCUUCCCCACGAUAUCCGAACACUACCGUCACCAUGGCCCCGUCAUGGCUCGCCCUACCUCGCCCUCGAUCCUUCCUCUUCAUAACCUCCCUCCGCUUCGGCGCAGAAAUGAUCUCGCUCUCCCUCCUCUUCAAUAAGCUCGCCGGCUUCUACGGAAUCCUCGCCCUCGUCACCGGCUACCGACUCUCCUUCCUCCAGUUCUCGAUGUACCUGUACUCUCUCAUCGCGCUCGUCAUACUCAUCACACUCAUGCCACAUAUCCGCAAAUCGUCUCCCCUCCAGUGUCUCUCCCUCGCCUACUUCUAUCUCAUCGACACGAUCCUGAACGGAGCAUACACCGCAGUCUUCGCAGGCACCUGGUUCCUCACCCUUAGCGCCGCCGCCAAGGACGCCGAGAUCGACGCGCCCGGCAGCGAAACCAUGAACGACACCGCAGGCUUCACCGGCUCCGACGCCUCCGGCAUCACCGACGCCGCCGCAGCCGCUGGCGGCAGCCCCAGUCUCGCGAGCGGCGCCGCGAUCAGCGAGUCCGUGCCCAGCAUCCUCAUCAUCGUUUUCCUCACCCUUGUCCGUAUCUACUUCGCACUUGUUCUUUUCUCCUUCGCGCGACAGGUUCUGCGCCAAUAUCUCUCGGCGAAGUCUUCGCAGCGCCCGCACCUCCACAUGGAUGGCGCGGAUGAUAAGUUGGAGACGCCUUUUGCGGAGGGUGCGCCGUUGGGUGCGGGAUGGAAGGGAAAGCUUGGUCGUGCGAUGACGGCUAUUGGGACGAACUGGUGGGUUGGUGGGCGCGCGGAGGAUGAGGAGUGGGCGAGGAGCGCGAACCAGAAGUUUGUGAGCAAUAAUGUGUUGCCGGGGACGUCGUUGAGGGAGCAGAGGGCUAGAAGCGGUACUGGACCGCCACCGAUGAGGAUUCAGACCCAAGGCCCGAUGUAGGGUUCUUGUCUGGAGAAUGAAGUGUGACUCAAAUUGUCCGCGGGGCGUUAGACUGGGGAGAUUGGGUGUGAAGAUAGGAUAUGUACAUAAAGGUUGGGUUGUCGUAGUUGGUGGGCGUUAAGGACUUUCACAGUCAACAGCAUAAGAGAACGGUAAUUUAAUGGACGAUGAGCGAAAGCUACUUUAAAAUAUUUGCACAUUACUUGCCGUGAGCGGGAGCCUUCAAGAUUUAAGAUAUCUGUCAGGUGGCACCAACGCUGUUGGCAAAGAGAGCCAGUUCCAUGUUGAGACAAAAGCGGGGUGUUGUCACUGAAAAC